CACUGCUCAUCAGUUUCAGAUUGUCGCAUAAAUUCUCUCGUUGUGCCAUUUGUAUUUUGCUUUUUUCUUUCGGUUUUUAGUUUUUAGUCUCGAGUUGAGCUGCGGAAAAUGUUGCUGGUUCGUGUCGCGAGAGGGCGAGUGCUGGUGCGAGGGGGGCUGCAGCUGGUGCGCACCUUGGCCACGUCCGCGGUGUGGAGAGGCAAUUGGCAGGGUCAAAGCUUCAGUGCACUGGGCAGACAGAGGAGCGGCAGCUGCUGCUGCUGCUGGAAUGGUCUGCCUGGCAUGAUGGCCAAGCGCUUCUGCAGUGACGAAGAGGACGCCUUCGAAGUUGAGCUCGACCCGGAGCCAGUGCCCGAUGUGUGGCCACAUGUGCCGGUGAUAGCACUGCGUCGGGCUCCCUCCUUUCCGCUCUUCAUGGAUAUUAUCGAGCUGAGAAAUCCUUUGGUCAUGGAUCUAGUGCGUAGCAAAAUAAUGCAGGGCGAGCCCUACGUGGGGCUCUUCCUGAAGCGUGUCCACGAUUCCGCGGAGGAGCUAGUCGCCAGCCUGGACGAGAUCUAUCAGGUGGGCACCUUUGGCCUGAUCGAAAAGAUACAGGACUCAAGCGAAAUGCUUCGGCUCAUGGUUGUGGGUCAGCGCCGGAUACGCAUCACGGGCCAGUUGGAGCCACCAAAGGCGACGCCAGCUGCUCCAGAGUCCGUGCUCAUUGCCGUCGUGGAGAAUGUCCAGACUCCGGCCUACGAGACAACCGAAGAGCUAACAGCGAUCAGGCUGGAGAUGAUCAGAACGUUGCAGGAUCUGACCAAGGCGAAUGCCAUGUACAAGAAAACUCUCCGCCAGGUGCUGCACCACUGCCAACGGGUCGUGGACGAUCCCGUUUAUCUAUGCGAUUUGGCUGCCGUGCUGUCCGUCUCCGGGCCAGAGGAGCUGCAGAAGGUCCUAGAGGAAACCGACGUGCCCAAGCGCAUGAUGCAGUCCCUGCUGGUGCUCAAAACAGAUCUCGAAGCGAUUAAAUUGGAGUCGAAAAUUCAGCGAGAGGUGGAGGAAAAUGUGGAGAAGCAUCAUCGGCGCACCAUUCUGCGCGAACAACUGAAGAUUGUGAAGCGGGAGCUGGGCCUGCAGCUGGACGACAAGGAGGCGAUUGUGGCCAAGUAUCGGGCCAAGCUGCAGGACAAAGUUGUGCCCGAAAACAUUGGGCAGCUCAUCGACGGGCAACUCGGCAGAUUGAGGACCAUUGAGUGCAGUUGCCAGGAGUUCAAUUUGAUCCGCAACUACUUGGACUGGCUGACGGCGCUGCCUUGGGGUGUCUCCAGCACCGACAAUCUGUGCAUGGAGCAUGCCAGCGAGAUCCUGGACCACGAUCACUACGGCAUGGAGGAUGUGAAGCGGCGCAUACUCGAGUUUGUGGCCGUCAGUGCGCUGCGGGGCAGCACGCAGGGCAGGAUUCUGUGCUUCCAUGGGCCACCGGGUGUGGGCAAGACGAGCAUUGCCAAGUCCAUUGCCCGUGCCCUGAACCGCAAGUACUUUCGCUUCAGCGUGGGCGGCCUGACGGAUGUGGCGGAGAUCAAGGGACAUCGUCGCAGCUACGUUGGUGCCCUGCCCGGCAAGGUCAUCCACUGCCUGCGGACCACCAACACGGAGAAUCCUCUGGUGCUCAUCGACGAAGUGGACAAGAUUGGCAAAGGCCCUCAGGGUAAUCCCUGUGCGGCUCUGCUGGAGCUCUUCGACUCCGAGCAGAGCGCCAGUUUUCUGGACAACUUCCUGGACGUGCCCAUCGAUCUGUCGCGUGUGCUCUUCAUUUGCACAGCCAAUUGGAUUGAUCGCAUCCCCGAGCCACUGCGCGAUCGCAUGGAAAUGGUCGAGGUGGCCGGCUAUGUGCCGGAGGAGAAGCUGUUCAUUGCCCGUCAGUAUCUGGUGCCGCAGUCGAUGGGCGACUGUGGCUUGUCCCCGCAGCAGCUCAGCAUCACGGAGAGCGCCCUGCAGCUGCUCAUUCACAGAUAUUGCCGCGAGGCUGGGGUGCGCCACUUGCGGCAACAAAUCGAGAAGAUUAUCCGCAAAGUGGCGCUGCAGCUGGUCCGCCGUCAGUGCACCAGCUGCCACGUGAAUGCCGACAAUCUGUGCACGUUCCUGGGCGGGCAGACCUUUGCCACGGAUCGGCUGUACGAGCGGACGCCGCCGGGCGUGGCCCUGGCCCUGGCCAUGGGCGGCUCCUCGCUGUACAUCGAGACUACGCGUCUGGCCACCCACAAGCCACCCACUGCUGAUGUCUCAGGCACACUGCACACCACGGGCAGUCUGGGCGCGGUGAUGCAGGAGUCGGCACAAAUAGCCCUCACGGUGGCGCGCAACUUCAUGCACCAGCGGCAUCCGGGGAACCAUUACUUGCAGUUGGAAAACAUUCACCUGCAUGUGCCCGAAGGCGCUGUGCCCAAGGAUGAUCCGAGCGCCGGUGUCUCCAUCGUCACCGCCUUCGUUUCGCUGGCCACCAACAGAUGCGUGCGAGACAAUCUGGCCAUGACGGGCGAGAUAUCGCUGAGGGGCAAAGUUCUGCCCGUGACAGGCAUCAAGCAGAAGGCCAUAGCGGCACGUCGCAGCGGCAUCAACUGCGUCAUUCUGCCCGCGGACAACCGACGGGACUUUGAGGAGCUGCCCGCGUUCAUAACCGCUGGCCUGGAGGUUCACUUCGCGGCCAACUACGAGGAUGUCUACAGAAUUGCCUUUGACGAGCCAAACAAAAACGAGCACUCCCCGCGGGAGCCGCUCGUGAAGCCGUCCUCACUCGAUGCCUAAUUCGCUUUGACUGCAUCUUAGAUUCGUCAGUUUAGUUAAACAAUUAUUUAGACAAUACAAUAGACCAUUUAUUAAACCUU